GCUCUCACCGCCGUCACCAUGCGCACCGCUCUGGCCAGCGGAAAUGUGCGGCGCGACGCGAGACAGCCCACGCGUGGCGGCGCGUGCCUGAGGGAUGCCUGAAUCGAAGAUCUGCCACGUCGGCGAGCACUGAUGACGCCGUGGGUGGCGGUGCACUUAUCUUGCUUGCUGGCUCACUUCCAUCGACCGUCCCGGAGGGCACCACUCGCCAGCUCUGCGGUCUCUGUACUGCGCCCGCACUGCGCCGAACCCUCGACACCCGCGAUGCGCAGUAGUCGCCUCGACGCCUCUCGCGCCCCUCUUUAUUGCUAUCGCCUCCCCUGUCGACCGUCCGAGCGGAAGAUGCGUCCUCCAUCAUGGCGAAACCUGCCCGCGAACACCACAAGCCUCGUCCGCCCACACGCCUAGCCUCGCGGCCGAAAUACCGCGCUGCUCGCGCUUUCUACAUCUUCCUCUGCAUCGCGACCUGCUUGGCCGCCUACUCCCUCUUCUCCCAUUCCUAUGGACCAUCUGCCGGAUAUCGAGAGCGAGCGCUGUACACCCGCAAUGUCGAAACCCCGCUCAAGCCUCUGAGCAGCGACGAGGAGUGCCGACUGGUGCACACCGCAGUGGACCAAUGUGCCUACAUUCGCGCCCACUGCCCUGCCGAUGAGGGUGGUUUCACCGCCUACCUGGAGCUGUACUUCUGCCGACUGCACAACGCGAAGCCCGUGGCCUUCCUGGUCCUGGUCUCAUGGCUGGGCGUCCUCUUCUCCACCAUCGGCAUCGCCGCCAGCGAUUUCUUCUGCAUAGACCUCAGCACUAUCUCAGGAAUCCUCGGCAUGAGUGAGAGCGUGGCCGGCGUAACGUUUUUGGCCUUUGGCAACGGCAGCCCCGAUGUCUUUUCGACCUUCGCUGCCAUGAGCACCGACAGCGGGAGUCUGGCUGUCGGCGAGCUCUUUGGAGCUGCAGGCUUUAUUACCGCCGUCGUGGCGGGCUCGAUGGCCCUCAUCAGACCAUUUCAUGUGGCUCGAAAGAGCUUCAUACGCGACGUGGGAUUCUUCACCGUGGCCGCUGCAUUCAGCAUGGUGUUUUUGUGGGAUGGGAGACUCCACUUCUGGGAGUGUGCGUCUAUGGUGGUGUACUACAUUUUCUAUGUGGCAUUCGUCGUGGGCUGGCACUGGUGGUUGGGGCGCAAGAAGCAAAGAAGAGAAAAGGAAGCCGCGGUGCGAAGCCAUUUCGUACCUGUGGAGGACGAGCUGGACAAUGAGUAUGAAGAAUAUCGUGAUGAUCCAGACGAAGCUCCGGAUUCGAGCAGGCCUAGCAUUUCUAGAGGUGCGUCGCGCGAGGAUUGGGCCGCGCUCGAGGCGGGUUCAUCACGACGUGCGGACGACGGAGACGAGGAUGUAGAGGAAGAAGAGCGAGAUAAGUGGAUGAGCGAGUUGGCAAGCAACAUGCGCUUGACGAGGCCGACCCGCUCCAGGAGGAACACCGUCACACCAGUGCGGCCGUCACUUGUGGGCGCUCUGGAAUUCCAAUCAGUACUCAAGUCGCUGCAAAAAUCUCGCAAUAUACAGACGAUCCCUCUGGACUCGCGCAGAUACUCCGACGAUCCAACAUUCACCACUGCUCAGCAGCAGGAGCAGUUAUCAUCGACCUCUGACCCCGCAGCUCGGCCGCCAUACGAAAUUUUGGUGACGACGGAGGACGACGAACCUCAUGCAGUACAGCCCCAUAUCGAACAGCGUGAAUUGGAGGUGCCACAUUCGGCGCCAGCUGGGCGUACCAGAGCAGUGUCCGCAAAUGAUGCAGCAGCCUUACGUGUCAACCCCGACUUGCAGAAAUUGAGUCCGAUACCAUCGUCAGAGAAUCUUGCGCAUCUGGACAGAUCUAUGCACAAGAAAACGAACAGUCUCACCGUGCCGUCUGUGGACGGCGCCCACGCACCGGCGUCUCCACUGCUCCAAAUCGAGCCGGCUUCUCCACGAGGAGAUGCUCCCGUACAGCGUCAACGAUCGAAGACCGACGUCCGACCAUCGCCCGCGCUCUUGACGCCAGAAGACGCCAGAGGACGACCCAGCGCUAAUAGCGAUUAUUUCUACAGCUCCGCCAGGCAAGAUCGCAGCUCCUCUGCCGAAGAUCGGUCACAGCCAGCACGUGUGCCCAGCGCUAGAACACUGCUCAAGAUCAUCAUACCUGGCAAAGAUAGAUCUCCAGGCUCUUCGCGAAGCACAUCUCCGUUCCCGGCGUACCGAGACUUCCCAUCACCGUCAGUGACUGGCAGCGAUCGGUCUCCAUUGAGCACCCGAGCGCCAAGCAUGUUCUCUGCUGCGCCACAGCUAUCCAGCAUCGUUUCGCCAGAGUCCAUUGCUGCAGAUGAGAGUGCAGAACAAGAACGGCCCCGUCGCCCAGAUAGGCUUGCGAGAAUAUGGCCGUACAGUGUGUUGCCUCCUCCCGGGGUCAUGAUUCAAGCUCUAUUCCCGACUAUCUAUCAUUGGGGCGAGAAGACAUGGUACGGGAAAUGCCUCGGUGCUGUUGCCGCGCCGAGUGUGUUUCUCUUGACCAUCACCCUGCCAGUGGUAGAGAACGAGAAGGAAUCCGAGACCAGCGGGUCAAUCUCGGAGCAUCCUCACAAAGACAUGAGCUGGGACUCAACGCGUUCGAGAAGCAAUACCGCACUGCUCACGCCAACCUCAGGAGGGAUACAAGGGCUGACUCCAGAAUGGAUGCAUGAUCCAGAAACGCCUCAUCCGCAUGGUGUUGAAACGCAGGGCGUCACCGGACAUGGAUCGUCGGCCAGUGCUGCGGUCCACGCAGAGCAAUCGUAUCACACCAAGUCAGGUGCGAUUUCUUCACAUCACGGCUCUAUCGUUGCAGAACCACGAACAUUGGAUAACACGCAGCCUGGCGAUCUUGAAAGUGCCCCAGAGCUGUGGAAUCGCUGGUUGACGCUGAUACAACUCUUCACGGCUCCGAUUAUGAUCGUACUCUCGAUUUACAUCCAGGCGCCAGAUGGUCUGCCAACUUCAUGGCUUGUCAGAGCCAUUCUCAUCUGCCUACUCGUAUCAUUGGUGCUGCUCGUGCCAAUACUGUUGACCACGACACCAUACCAUCUACCGGAACCAUAUAGGAUAAUAUUGUCCCUCGCUGGAUUUGUCGUCGCCAUCGCCUGGAUAUCAGCGAUCGCCGCACAAGUGGUGGGGGCGCUCAAGGCCUUGGCUGUCAUCCUGAACAUGUCGCACGCGAUCAUGGGCCUUACGAUCUUCGCAGUGGGCAAUUCUUUGGGAGACCUCGUUGCUGACGUGACGGUGGCGAAGCUUGGAUACCCUGUCAUGGCUCUAUCUGCCUGCUUCGGCGGUCCCAUGCUCAACAUCCUCCUUGGUAUAGGAUUGAGCGGAUCGUAUAUCUUGAUCAAAGGCGCAGAAAGACGACAUGAGAAGCACCCUGGCAAACAUCUCAAGUUUCAUUCAUAUCACAUGGAAGUCAGCAAAACACUCAUCGUCAGCGGCAUCACAUUGUUGCUCACACUGGUGGGACUAUUGAUCGCAGUACCGCUCAACAAGUGGGUUCUGAGCAGGAAGAUCGGUUGGUGCUUGAUCGCGCUAUGGACCGUGAGCACAAUAUUUAACGUCGUCAUUGAAGUGACGGGAAUCCUUGGGGGCGCAGAGAGCAUUUUUCACAUUGGACAUAGCUGAGUCUAUGCGGCAACACAUGAGCAGGAUGCAUUGAGCAGAGCACGGAGGUUCACACUGGUGAGCACGCGCCGUGAUGAUAAGCAGACACACGGCAUGUAAGUGAUGACUGAAAGGUGUAGAUAUCAGACAGACUCCAGACAGUACUUGGAUUGCACAAUAGCAUUUGUUGACAAAUUUUCAGCACUUGAUCAAGCCUAGGUGUUCAGUCC